AUGACUGAAAAAAUAGAAGAAAAGCCUAUGGUUCGAACUGUCAAGCCUAUCAAUCCACAAAUGGAAAUGCCAAUUUUACAAGAUCCUCGACGAGAUGUAGCUAUUUCAAGUCUUGAAGAAAGAAUGGCAGCUUUAGAAGAAACUCAACGUCUACUUGAACAGUUUUCACUGUUUUUGAAAUCAUUGCGAGUUCGAAAUGAAUUCAAAUAA